AUGGUCGUACAAGUUCCACAGGUUGUAUCCUCAGGCACUUCUGCAAGUUCGUCUAGUUCAAAGUACAUUUCGCCAACUUUGAAGCUACAAGAUGACGUUGUUGCUGAUUCACUACAAUUUCAUCAAGAUAAGUCAACUGGCUCUUCUAGAGGACAGUUGUCUAGAAGAUUUGUUCAACCAGCAGGUUUAGAGAGCAAAGAAUCCAACUAUAAAAUCAACGUUCCAGACUUUGCAAAUCUACCACCUUUGCAAUUGGGUUCCAAAUUCAUUUCUGAUUUGAAUAAAAUUGAUUCUAGUAUCCCACAUGAUAUAUUUUAUUCUGAAACAGUUAGCAAAAGCGAAUCAGGUUUAGAUAAUUAUUAUUUCGAUUAUGAAAAUGGUUUAAAAGAUUUUUCACGUUUUGAAAAAGUUCAGCAAUUGGAUUUGCCCGAUAGAUUUUUUGAAGAGUACAAUUCCACUGAAUGCAUUACCAAAAUAGGGUUGUUCCCUGAAAUAGAACGAACGUGGAUAGCAAUAGAUAAUAAAUUGGUGUUGUGGAAUUACAAACUUCCUCGUUCGUCGUUCAACCAAGCAUCUCAAUUUUUAACAAUUGAUCAAAUCAGGCAUACAAUUUUGACUGUGAAAUUGGUUAGACCAAAGAAAGGUGUUUUCACAAAGGAAGUGAAUUAUUUACUUUUGGUUUCUACUACAGUGGAUAUCCAUAUCUAUAUUGUGAAAUAUGAUGAAUCAAUGAACAAUUUAGAAAUUUUCAACCCUGAUUUAUCUGUUUCCACUCAGGGUUUAGCAGUUGAUAAUUUCACAGUGAAUUCAAAAACUAACGAUAUUUAUUUCAGUGGUGAAAGUGACGGAAUUAAUAUUUGGAGAUUGGACUAUUCCAACAAGUCUAGUUUCAUUAAGAACAAGUGCGACAAAGUUUGUUUAACAAAAGGUGGAUUCUCGAGUGUUAUUCCAAAUAAAUUGCCUGGGUUUGGGUUUUCUUCUGGACCUUCAUCUACAAAUGAAAAUUCUUCUUCCAAUAUUCCAGAGUCUAUAGUUCAAUUGGAAGUCGAUUCUGACAGGGAUAUUUUAUACUCCCUUUCGAACAAGUCUGUAAUUCGAGUUUAUAAACUUCAUCCAAAGCAAGAACAUUUAACAGAAGGAAGUACAUUGACACCAAGUGUGAUUUUCAAGUCAGCCUUGACUGUAUUUGUGGACGCAAGCAAUUUUAAGGUAUUUGAAAGAUUUAAAAUCAUCAGCAUUCACAAAAUAUCUCCCGAAGAAUCAAGCUCAAUUCAAUUGAUUGCUGUUACCAGCAAUGGGUGUAGAAUUUUACUCAAGUUGGGUUCUACUUCCACUUUUUCGUCGUUGCUCACUUCAUCAUUCAGUGCUGCAAAUGCAUUGAAGUUAAACCUUGUGAACAUAAAGUUUCCUCCUACUAGAGAAGUUCCUAAGAUCAACACCGAGCUCGACACGUUUUCAAGAGACCGACAAUACAUGUCUCAACUAAUUGCUAAUCAACAAAAAUCGCAGUUGCUUAAAAACACCAAGCUUUCGAAAAUUAUUAGUCCAGGUGUAUUCCUCUGUGUUAAGAAAACAAAGAGGUCUGACAAAUUAUUUGUUGCCACUGCAAAUUACGGUUAUUUAAAGAAAAAUAACAAAUUAGUUGAAGAUGCAGAAUUUAUGAACUAUGUCGGCAAUGAAGAUUCUCCUUACACCUAUAUUCAAGAUAUUGUACAGCUUACGCCAUCAAUGAAUGCAACAAACACACCAAAUGGCUAUGCCAAUAUUGCUGCUAGUCAAUAUACAAAAUUGCCUUUAAAGUUUGCUGUGUUGACUAAUUUUGGUAUUGUGAUAUACCAAUUCAGAACAGCGGACCAAAUAUUGAAAUCAUUAAAAGAUGAAGUAAUUGAAAACUUUUUAGAAGAAAAUGGCUAUGAGGAAACUUGCUCGUCAUUGUUAUAUUUAGCAUGUUCCUAUGGACAAUACAGCACUAGCGACAUUUACAAACGGAAAGCGCAAAUUUUGUUUUCCACUUGCGGUAAUGGUGCAAGGUUUAAUGACUCCUCACAACUGUCUCUGCUGUCUUUGAUUCCUCACCACCAGACAAAUAUCAGCUCAUACGCUCAUCCAACUGUGGACCAAGUUGUACUAAGCGACAGAUUCUAUGGUACUUGUUUGUUGGUUUCUAGACUAUUCCGUGAUUUCUGGAAUAAAAAAGUGUUUAGUCCGUUAAGCAGUAUAAAAAUAACACCGUCUGGGGAUGUUGAGGUGGCAAGUAUUAAGGAGGGGAAAUUACUUAUUCAGGGGUUAAAUAUAGAUAAGAAGAAGGUUGAGUUUUUUAUUGGAUCUGUGAUUGUGUUGAUUGAUUUUUUUUCCGAGAAUGGAACUAAUAUCCCUGGGUUGAGUGCUCCAAGUUAUAGUUCUGAUCCAAAUCAAUUUGAAAGUGAAAUUUGCUUACGUGCUGAACAUAUUGCCUUUACUUCAAUUAUCAAAUCAUUGAAUUCAAUGAAAGAAGCUCUUUCCUUUUUGAUGGUUUUGAUUGAAGAAAUUCAAAUCAAUCAAUCGAACUUUAAGGAAAUUUUUGAGUUUUUGUCUUUAUCAAACCAAGUAAAUCUUUUGACAGUUAGGUUUAAGGAUUUAUUACUUCCAAAUCGGGAUGUUAAAAAUUUGGUUAAAGAUUUAUUAUCUUCAAUUAUCAACAAAAAUAUUUUGAAAGGUGGUUCUAUCGAUUUGAUUGCAUCCUCAUUGCAGACUAGAUGUGGGUCAUUUUGCUCUACUAAUGACGUUUUCAUCUUCAAGGCAAUUGAGAAUUUGACGAAAGCUAAGAAUAUUGGAUUCAGAGAUACCGAUUUGAAAAACAAGUGUUUAAAGAAUGCUGUAUUGUUGUUUGAAGAAGCGUAUGAGUCUUUGACAUUAGAGAACAUUGAAAAUUCAAUAAACAUUAUGCUAGAUCUUGAAUUUUAUGCUGGUGCAGUUGGUAUGUUAUUGAAUAUUGCUCAAAAAGUAGGCAAUAAUAUAAAAGUUCCAAGCCUCACUUUUAAUCAAGACGACGAAAGUGCUACAUUAAAGAGAGAUAUUGUUGAGAUUGAAAAAAAGAAGAAAAGUUUGUAUGGUUUAAUUUUUAACAUUCUUAUUAAAAUGGACAUGAAAGCUUUGAAGAUUAGUGAUACCAAUAACCAACUUUUGAUUAAUGAGUUUUUGGAGAUAAGGGAUGCUACUUAUGACACUUGUUUUGCAUCAAAUGAUAAAAAUUUCCAAUACACUUUCUAUGAUUGGUUCAUCCAACAAGGAGUAAGUGAGCGGUUAUUAGAUGUUAACACUCCUUUCAUAUUACCAUAUUUAGAAGAAAAAUCGGAAAACAACUUAGCAUUAAGUGACUUACUUUGGUUAUAUCAUGCCAAGAGGGAAAACUAUUUUGAUGCGGCUAAAAUUUUAUAUGCUUUGUCUAUUUCCCAAUUUAAUCUUGAGUUAAAUCAACGUAUUGAGUAUCUUUCCAGAGCCAAUGGAUUUUGCAACUGUGUUUGUCCUCCUAACUUGAGACAAAGAAUGAUCCAGCUUUCAUCUGUUAUUCAAGAGUUGUUUGAAGUAGCUAAUGUUCAGUUGGAUAUAUUAUCCAGAAUCAAAGGAGAUUCCAGAAUAUCUGACGAGAAUAAACAUAUUGCGACUGAGGCUUUGAACUACAAGAUUUUGUCAAUAAGUGACUUAUUCAACAAUUAUACAGACACCCUUGGUUAUUACGAUCUUUCUUUACUUAUUUUCAAAGUUUCUGAUUACAAAAACACUGAUGAUAUAUUGAAAAGAUGGGAAUUAUUCUUUGAAAAGAUAUUUCACGAGUUUAAUCUGGAGAGUAAGAGUAAAAACGAGCCAUUUUAUGUGUUGUUAAAUGAGCAAUUCAUUUCAUGUGGGUCUAAAUUAUCUUCCAAUGAUUUGGUGUUCCCGAUUGAUGAAUUAAUAAAGAUUGCAAGCAAGUAUCUACAAGAAGCGUCUGACGAAAAUUCUGCUUCUCAGAAACCACCUAAAGGUUUUCUUGUGGAAAUGUUUGUCAAGACUGGUGUUAGUUAUGAGAGGCUUUACUAUGUUUUAAAAUCAUUAAUUGAGCAUAAUACUUUUGAAGUUUAUCCUGGUUUUACCAAUGACUUGAAAACUAAUGAAAUAGUCUACUUGAUUAAGAAUUGGUAUGCACAAGAUAGAAAGUUGAGAGAAUUGGUUUCUGCAGAACAGAUUGCUAACUUGGUUGAUAACUACAGUGUUGAAAAUGAUCCAAUUAAUGAAAUUAUACGUAAUGGUGAUUUUGUAUUGUAA